GUUUGUUGAUAAACCAGAAAACAUGUCUGCCGACAGGAGUGAUGAUGAUAACUCCAGUAAAGAUGCUGACAUCUCGUCUGUUAUGGGCUUCUCUGGAUUUGGAAAGAAAGCUCGGACCUUUGACCUCGAGGCCAUGUUUGAGCAGACGAGGCGGACCGCUAUCGAGAGGAGUCAGCGUGUGUUAGGCGAGCGAGAGCAACAGGAGGAAGCUCGUACCGUCAGCCAGAAAGAGGAACCGUCCACGUCCACUGCCAGAGGGAUAUCUGAAAUGACUCCAGUGAAGAGGAUUCCAGAUUCUCAUGAGAUCACUCUUCAACACGGCAUGAAAUCUGUAUCAGCUUUAGCUCUGGAUCCUUCUGGCGCUCGUCUGAUUACUGGCGGUUUUGACUAUGACGUGAAGUUCUGGGACUUUGCUGGGAUGGAUGCUGCGCUGCAGGCCUUCCGAUCUCUGCAGCCGUGCGAAUGUCAUCAGAUCCGAUCGCUGCAGUACAGCAUCACCGGUGAUGUCAUUCUAGUGGUGGCGGGAAACUCGCAGGCCAAAGUUCUGGAUCGAGACGGCUUCCAGGUUCUAGAGUGCGUCAAAGGGGAUCAGUAUAUUGUGGACAUGGCUAACACCAAGGGUCACACGGCGAUGCUGAAUGAUGGCUGCUGGCACCCAAAAAUCAAAGAGGAGUUUCUCACCUGCUCCAAUGAUGGGACCGUUCGGACGUGGGACUUGAACUCUGAAAAAAAGCACAAGUCCGUGUUUAAGCCUCGAACGCAGCAGGGUAAGAAAGUGACGCCCACCUGCUGUACGUACAGUCGAGACGGCAAACUCAUCGCCGCGGGCUGCCAGGACGGAACCAUCCAGAUCUGGGACAGGAACUUAAGCGUCCACACCAAGUUCCACUGUCGUCAGGCCCACAUGCCCGGAACGGACACCUCCUGUCUCAGCUUCUCCUAUGACGGACUAACUCUGGCGUCACGGGGAGGCGAUGACAGUCUGAAGACGUGGGACAUUCGGAAUUUUAGGAAACCUCUCGGUGUUGUUAACGGUUUGAAUACCUUCUUUCCAAUGACAGAUUGCUGUUUCAGUCCAGAUGAUAAACUCCUCGUCACGGGCACCUCUGUAAAGAAAGACGAAGGCAACGGGAAACUGGUGUUCUUUGAGAGAGAAUCGCUUAAAAAAGCCUACGAGAUUGAAGUCACCAAUGCGAGCGUCGUCCGCUGUCUUUGGCAUCCCAAGCUGAAUCAGAUCAUGGUUGGAACGGGGAACGGUCUGGCCAAGGUUUAUUAUGACCCAGUCAAGAGUCAGAGAGGUGCGAUGUUAUGUGUCGUAAAGAGUAAGAGGAAAGAGAGACACGCAGAGACUCUGACGCAAGACUACAUCAUUACCCCUCACGCUUUGCCGAUGUUUCGUGAGGCUCGACAGCGCAGCACCAGGAAACAGCUGGAGAAGGACCGACUCGACCCGCUCAAAUCACACAAACCCGAACCCCCCGUGUCAGGCCCAGGUAGGGGCGGGCGAGUGGCGGCCCAUGGCGGCACACUGUCCUCUUACAUCGUGAAAAACAUCGCUCUGGACAAAUCCGACGACAGCAACGCCCGAGAGGCCAUCCUGCGUCACGCCAAAGAAGCAGCAGAGAAUCCCUACUGGGUCGCACCGGCUUAUGAAAAGACGCAGCCGGAGCCGCUGUUUGCCGAGGAGGAGGAGGAGGAAGAGGAGGUCGACAAAGAUCAGCCAGAAUGGAAGAAACGCAAAAUCUAACGUGAUCUUUGGUUUCAUUUUCACGUCAAGUUUAUCAGUUGGAAUUAAUAUACAGAGAAGUCUCCCAUUAGCAAUUACAUUAGUGUGUGUGUGUGUGUGUGUGUGUGUGUGUAAGUGUGUGUAAGCGUGUGUGUGUGUAAGUGUGAUGUAAUGGAGACAGUAACAUUUCUUUGCUAAAAUCAUAAUUGGAUGUUUAUUACAGCUCAGACUUCUGUGUGUAGAUGAUGUUUAGAUUUGUUAUUAUCAGCUGCCAAAAGUUUCUCCUUGUCCUUAUAUUUGAGUGUUUUAUAUAAAAAUAAAGAAAUGCAGCAUGUAGCGUAUUAUUCUUUCACGUGUUUGCAGCAUUAUUGAACAUACGGACAGUCACAACAGUCGAGGAAACAUCAUUUAUAUGUUUAAUAUACUUCAUAUAAUUAAUUAUUAUAAUUGUAUUUUUUA